AUGUCACUCAAAAUCCAAGUUAUGGACUCUCAUCUGGAGUGUGAAGCAAUGAGUGACGAACACAGUGAGCGAUUCCACCGGGACAUUUCCACAAUGGAAGGAGGAUAUCAGGAUCAAGAUAAAAGUAAUUGUGUCCUUACCAGCUGUAAAAGACAAAAACUAGUUAACCUGAAAUUGCUGAUUGUGCAAAGUCCAAACAGCUCCUAUAAGUUACUGCGGAGGGAGCGCAUCAGCGAGUCUUCUCCACCGAGACGAGAUGAUGUCCCCAGCGAUUCUCAGGCUCAGCUGCCUUGUCAUUGUAUUUGUGAACUUGUCGGCUUUUACGGAAUUUCUCCAUUUUCUUUUCCACAGAUCAAAGAGCGACCAAAUGAUUUUGAAGAUGCCGGCGACUUUAUAGACAUCCCUGACUUAAAUAAGGACCAGACACUGUUCCAGGGAGACAUCAAGCUGCCUAAUGAACGGAAUGCUCUGCGAAAUGAGUCCUAUCGGUGGAAGUUCCCCAUCCCAUACAUAUUGGCUGAUAACCUGGACCUGAAUGCUAAAGCUGUCAUUCUCAACGCCUUUGACAUGUUUCGUCUAAAGUCCUGUGUGGAUUUUAAACCUUAUGAAAAAGAAUCUACAUUUCUACAUUUCCAGAAGUUUGGAGGAUGCUGGUCCUACGUGGGGGACUUCCAUACAGGCCAAGACCUCUCCAUCGGCAGUGGAUGUGAUCACAAGGCCAUUGUGGAACAUGAGAUUCUACAUGCACUGGGAUUUUAUCAUGAACAGUCGAGAACUGACCGAGAUGACUAUGUAGAGGUCUGGUGGGAUCAAAUUACUGACGGUAUGGGUCACAACUUCAACACGUAUGAUGACAACUAUAUCACCGACCUAAACACUCCAUAUGAUUAUGAGUCUGUUAUGCACUACGGCCCCUACUCCUUCAACAAGGACCCGGAUAUUCCAACCAUCACCGCCAAGAUCCCUGCCUUCAAUAACAUAAUAGGACAGCGGCUGGACUUCUCCGAGAUAGACCUGGAGCGCCUUAACCGGAUGUAUGACUGCACUACUCCUCUGUUACUGUUGGAUCAGUGCUCAUUUGAGUACAUCAACAUUUGUGGCAUGGUGCAAGGAACCACCGAUGACGACGACUGGGUCCAUGAACUGAGCACUUCAGAAUCAUUUAACGACCAUACCUUGGGUGGACGCUGCAGAGACUCUGGAUAUUUUAUGUACUUGAAAACCAAUAAUGGACCUAUUGGUAAAACCGCUGUCCUGGAGUCCCGUAUUCUAUACCCCAAGAAGACAGAGCAGUGUCUACAGUUCUUCUACAAGAUGGAUGGGAGCCCCAAGGACAAACUCACCGUUUGGACCCGCACAGACGAUGGGACUGGGACCGUUAGAAAGCUGAGAAAAAUCGAAACAAUUCAAGGAGACAACAACCACGACUGGAAAAUUGCGCAUGUGCCGCUUAAUGUGAAUCGGAAGUUCCGCUAUAUGUUCCAAGGCAUCCAAGGCGAUGAUCAAACUACCAAUGGCGGCAUUUUCAUUGAUGACAUCUCGCUGACGGAACUCCCCUGCCCCAGUAGUGUGUGGACCAUCCGGAAUUUCAGCAAGGCCCUGGAAGAAACCGUCAAAGGAGAUCGCCUCGUCAGUCCUUGCUUCUACAGCCCUGAUGGCUACGGAUAUGGUAUUGGCCUGUACCCCCAUGGGCAAAACAAUUCGGCUUACGUUGGUUACACCGGUAUAUCGUUCCACCUGUGCAGUGGGGAAGACGAUGCUGCCUUGGAUUGGCCAGUGUUGAACUAUCAGGCUAUGAUCACGCUGGUUGAUCAGGACCCAGAUGUACGUCUGCGUAUGUCCUCCAGCAGAAGCUUCACAACGUCAGCAGAUCAGAUUAUAACUGCUUUGAAUAUAUCCCGAUGGGAGAGACCUUCCAAAACUGGGACGUGGGACCCGUCCUGCAACUGCUACAGGACCACAGAUUUUGGCUGGGCCACGUUUAUAACACACUUCAAUUUGCACCGCAGGAGUUUUCUGAAAAACGACGAUCUGAUUGUGUUUGUGGAGUUUACAGACCUCACACACCUCAUAAAGACUGAAGUACCCAUCCAAGUGUCUGAACCAUUGGUGGUGGAGGAGGAGAAAGUGAACGACAGAAGUAAACGCUCUUUGGAGGAUCCAAGAGACUCUGAAGGUUAUGAGAUCCAACCACUGGAAGCCCAGUGUGACGAUAAUCCCUGUCUGAAUGGCGGAGUGUGUGUCGUUGAGAAAGGCAGAGCCAACUGCAGGUGUGCAUCCAGUCAGGCAUUCUACUACACCGGCAUGCAAUGUGAGACUGCCCAGCUACACGGAAAUGUCCUGGGGAUGAUGAUUGGAGGAGUAGCUGGAACCAUCGCUCUCACUAUCUCUGUACUGGCCGUGAUGAGCAGAAGAUGAUGAAAACACUGUACAGUAUUUACAGAAGCAGCAUCAGUCUAUACAGACUGGGGAAACAGUAAAUCACCACACGGAUGGCCGAUCUUUGCAUCGAAUGUAAAAAGAAAUUCUGGUUGAAAAUGCUUCCUGUUGAUCAUCGUGUGGGAUGAGGCCAUAUUCUUAAGAAAGCACCUUAUCUGUUCGCCAUGUCUACUUUCUCCAGCUUCAGCCCACAAAAUGGCUGACACUAAUGUUGGUUCACCCAACAAAAUGGCUGUCUCCACUGUGUGUAAA